UUUGCUGAUUUUUUUUUUUUUUCUUUCUGAUAAGUAUACAAGAUUUUCUAUAGCACAGCUGGCCCUCUCUGACCUAUCAGAUUUGUUUUUCCUUUGAAUCGUAUCAGUAAACAUACACGCAUUCAUCAUUCAUUCACCACAGAAUACACAUGGAGGACCACUUCAACUUCUGUUAGGCUUUCUUUUAAAGCCCUGCACUCUUGGCUGUCAAGCUUUUGAUUUGAGAAUGCUCAACAGUUCAGCAUAUGUUCCAGUUUGUGCUUCUUUGACAAAAUUCAUGUAGGUGUUAUGCCCCUCUGACACAGGUUUUCUCAUCCAUUGAUUCCAAGUCACUGUUUCUUCUGACUGGGGUAUUGCAACUUUCACCUCAUCAUAGCAGCAUUUUGCACAGACUCGAUUGGACUACACAACAAUUCAGGACAAACAGCUGAGAAAUGCUUGUUGUUUUCCGAAGACCUUUCUGCUGCAGUUUUUCUGUCUAGAAUUUGAUAUUCUUAUGGUCCAAGCAUGCACAAGUGUUCCUGUCUGAAGCUUUUGGCAAAUAGUCAAUACCUAAAAAAGAAAUUAAGGCUAUUUAUGAUGGUACUUGCCAAACAAUUGUGGAACUAGAAGGGCACUAGGAGAACGCAGGCAUCUACCAAGGCCAUUGUCAAACAACAUAAUCCACAGUUCUGAUGAAAAAAAUUAAAUUCAUAGUAAUAAUCGUGAUCUGGCCCAAAAUUGAAUGGGUUCCUCCUUGGCCCACCCCACAACCCUCCUCCAAGUUCAGUGCUAAUGGGUUGAGUUGUUUCUGUGUAAUCCUGCUGACAAAUAAACAGACCAACAGACAAGUCAAAACACAACCUCCUUGGCAGAGGUAAAAACUAAAUGUGACAUUUAACCCUGUAAAGUUUUGUACAUGUUUGUAAAACACGAUGAGCCAUUUUUACUUUCAAAUUCAGCUUUAUAAAGUGUAUUCUCAGUUUUAUUGACAAACAAAUUCUUGUGUAGCCUGUCAGUCUAAAUUUAGGAGCAAACAGAAAAUACAUUAUUCAGUUAACCUUAUCUCUUUGGGUUCAGUUUUUUUAUUUUUUAUUUAUUUAUUUAUUUUUUUAAAUUUUUCUGACUUACCUUUAAUAAAGUUUUCAAACUUGGUUUAGGAAAGUUCCCCCGACACCUUGUUGGGCUACAUGUUUGUUAUGUUGUAGGACCUUUUAAAACAAGGCAGCAGUUUGGACCGUUGGAGGGCCGUUAUCUGAGCUAGCUAACAUACGGGAUGCAAGUAACAACGGUUAGCAGCUAGCGUAACGGUUCAUUUUUAUUUUAGUUUUAUUUCAUUUUAAACGGUGUUUCUGUAAUUAAUUUAGUUGAAUGGAUCUUUGUGAAUACGGACAGUUUGAAAGUGGAUCCAGUGAUCAAAAUGCUGGUGAAGAGGACCGUGUUGUGUUUCAACGGGCGGGCACCGACCCUGCCUUGACGGGCGACCUCAGAGCCCUGCACAACCUGACGGCCCUGGAGAAGCUCUGCCAGGUGUCUCCCUACUUUGGCAAAAUCCAAACUGACAUCCAGCCAUACAUGAGGAGGAUACUGGUAGUGUGGAUGUUUCAGGUGUGUGAGGAGCAGAAAUGUGAGGAGGAGGUGUUUCCACUGGCGGUGCAUUACCUGGACAGUUACCUGAGCCGUUUUGCCGUCGAGAAGUCCAACCUGCAGCUUUUAGGAGCUGUUUGCAUGUUCCUGGCCUCCAAAAUGAGAGAGACUGUCCCCCUGACUGCUACCAAGCUUUGUAUCUACACUGACAACUUCAUUUCAGUCUCAGACAUCCUGAAGUGGGAGGUGGCAGUAGUGUCCAGGUUAGACUGGUGUCUGGCCUCUGUGGUACCCUCUGACUUCCUGGAGCCAAUUCUUCACGCUCUCCCUUUUGUUCGGCCCCUCCACCUUCAAAACAUGCGGCGGCAUGUUCACUCCUACAUCGCUCUGGCUGCCACUGACUGCGUGUUCUCUGGGUUCCUGCCCUCCACUGUUGUAUGUGCCUGUGUAAGCAUUGCCAUCCAGGGGCUAAAGAUAGUGGACGCUGAUGUCUCCGCUGAUACAGUGAUCAAGGCUUUAGCCGACCUUUUGGCCAUCGAUCUGAACUCAGUCCUUCUCUGCUAUGAGCAGCUAGGGAGUGUGCUGGAGCUCAGCCUGCCCUCCUGUUUCCAGGAUAGUGUUUGCAGAUCCAAGGCACACAACUCAGAGAUCAGCUACACCCCUGCUGACAUUCAGGGUGUUGUAUUGACACCAGUGACAUCACCCCAGGAACUGAAGAGAAAGCACUCCUCCCUGCCAUGAAUAGACAGGAUAAAAUAUUAAAUUCACAGCCAUGAGAGAGAACAAGAAGCCUAAAUAGCAGGUAGAAUGUGUUCGAAAUGCCAUUCCCUCUUGAUCUUAAUUGUUCUUUGCAUGCUGAGAUUUAGAGAUUCGUCUGACGUGUAGAGUGACCACAGUUUGAGAAAUUGAGAUUUGUUUUAAGUAUCCAUCCUGUUGCUGCUCGUUUUAAAGUAUUUUGCAAUUGUUAAAGCAGCUUUGAAAGAUAUGAUUCUGACUGCGCUUUUCGUUGAAUAUCUGAAGCUACAUCAAUUUUUUUGUGAUAUUUAGAGUUGAACUUUACUGAAUCCUUAUAGCAAUGUUUGCACAUUUUAAUUGUGAUGAAUUCUAUUCGUAUGUAUUUUGCAUAUAUCUGGACUUUGCUGAAAUUGUAAUUUUAUCUUUAUAUAUGGACAGUUCUGAUAAGU